CCACGUCUAUUCAGGAUGUUUCAUAAUUUGCCUUUGAAGACAAACAAGUCGACCUACGGACCUAACUUGAAGUUGAGGCAGGCUCGGGUCGACACCAGAGGACCAUUCAGCACAGGCAAACAGAUCCUAAAGGAGCAGGGUCAGACUGAGACUGAUUUCAGACGCACAGCUAAGGUUGAGCUGCAUGUGCAUCUCGAUGGAGCCAUCAGAGUUCCGACUAUUCUUGAUGUUGCAAAGAGGCGUGGCAUCCGUCUUCCAGCAGACACCGUGGAGGAAAUGACAAAGCGUAUCAUUGUGGAGGAGCCGGGCACCCUCACAAGCUUCUUGGGGAAGUUCGCCGAGUACAUGCAUGUGAUUGCAGGAGACAGGGAGGCCAUAAAGAGGAUAGCCUAUGAGUUCGUUGAGGACAAAGCUAAGGAGGGAGUGAUUUACGUGGAGGUGCGAUACAGCCCGCACUUCCUGGCUAACUGUAAAGUGGAUCCACUACCAUGGGACCAGAAAGAAGGUGACGUGAGUCCAGACGAUGUGGUGCACCUGGUCAACGAGGGCCUCGGCGAGGGCGAGAGGGCCUUCGAUAUCAAAGCCAGGUCCAUUCUAUGCUGCAUGCGCCACAUGCCAAACUGGUCCAUGGAGGUGGUGGAGCUGUGUAAGAAAUAUCGCCAUGAAGGAGUGGUCGCCAUCGACCUGGCAGGUGACGAAUCGCUCAACUGUGAAACCAACUCAGGACACAAGCAAGCCUACGAGGAAGCGGUGCGCUCUGGCGUCCACAGGACUGUGCACGCAGGAGAGGUGGGCCCGCCGUCUGUGGUGAAGGAGGCUGUGGAAGUUCUGAAAGCUGAACGGGUUGGACACGGCUACAGAACCCUGGAAGACCCGGCACUGUACCGAAAACUUCUGGAUCAGAAAAUGCACUUUGAGGUGUGUCCUAUUUCCAGUAAGCUGACCGGCGCCUGCAACCCAGACUUCACCAAGCAUCCUGUCAUAACGUUCAGGAAGGACAAAGCUAACUACUCCCUCAAUACGGACGACCCUCUGAUCUUCAACUCCACCCUGCACCUCGACUACAGCACUGCGCGCGAACACAUGGGAUUCACUGAGGAGGAAUUCAAACGACUGAACAUCUGCUCUGCAGAGUCGUGCUUCCUGCCCAAACAUGAGAAAGAAAAGCUCCUGCACAGACUGUACGAGGCUUAUGGGAUUAUUCAAAGCACUGCCUUUUAAACACAACAAAGAGGAUGAUGACCUCUAACCCAGGGACAAAAGCUCUAAGCUACAAACACCUCAACACCUGACCCCAUGGAAUGUAUUUUUAAAUUUUUUACUGAAAUGCAGAGGUGUCAAAAGUAUUGACAUUCAUUACUCAGGUAGAAGUAUAAAUACUAGGGUUUAAAAAUACUUCUGUAGAAGUUGAAGUAUCAACUCAAGCUUAAAAGUGUAAAAGUACUGUUUUCAAAACUAAUUCAAGUAUAAAAGUAAAAGUAAUGUAAGGGAAAAAAAAUACUCUUAUAUAUUUUCUAAAGGACAUAAUGACUAUAAUGUUAUAUUAAAAUGUUAAUGUUGAAAAAAUUGGGAUGCACCUGUUUCAGCCACAUUUAUGCCCAUUGAAAAUGAACCAGUACAAUGCAAAUACAUUAAAGAACCAUAUAUGUGUA